CAAGAAGGCUGAGUCCCUUCAGUGCACGUACUGUGCAGUGUGAAUUCCUUUCUUAAGUCAUUCGUUUAUUCAUUUUAUCAUUCCCAUUGAGUGAAGAAGCCGUCGGCAGCUGAAGAAAAGAUGCCAACGGGAAGACGGGGCCUGGUUGCCCCUCAAAACACCUUCCUCGAAAAUAUCAUACGUCGAUCCAACUCCUUGCGCCGUAUAGUUCACUUUAGGGCUCAAUGCAAGAUUUUUGUAAUGAAAUGCUUAAAGCUCCGGCGAAGGCUGGUCACCCGAGAGAGCAAAGCAAGUAUCAAU